UGCAACGAGGAGGCACGCCCCGCUGACCUUGGGACACCCCGCAUGCCCCUCGCUCCACAGCUGGCGGCACCACCGCCGCUGCCGGGAGCAUCGGCCCAAACCUCUUCCGGCAAACAGUCAGCAAGGGUACCCGCGGCCAUCUCCCGGUGCCUGCAAGCUGUUCCCACUACCGUUUCUUGCAAGGCGUCUUCUCAAGAGGUUACACACCCAAGUCGUCUUAUCUGCCACCGCCGCCCAUCUCUUACUAUAACAAGGACGACGCGGCCAUCAUACGUCUGGCGGCAGUGUACCGGCUCCCGCAACCGCGGCCGCUCAUUUUGCUGGGUCAGCAGUUUUUCAACCUCCAUUGCGAGUCCUCCGAUGUCAGCCCAUCCCUCACCUCUCACCGCCGCUGUGGCCGCGGCCGAGGUUUCCUGACGCGCCUACAACGACUGCACGUCACCCAGGGCAUCACAAGCCGUCGCCCUCUCCACUACAUCAGCUGAUUAAUCUUGGCCGCAGAAUUCGUUCACCCCCGGGUUCGUCUGCAUACUUACAACCCACUCAAGGUUCAAGGACACCCUCACCAGCAUCCCCUCGCACCAGCCGCAGUAUUACAGGCUCAAAAUCAUGAUGUUGCGUUUUCUGACCAUCUUGUUGUCCCUCGGCUCCCUGCUUGCAACAACACCCAUCCACCUGAAGCCUGGUGCCCUCACGGCACACAUAGGAGAGGUCUUCCUCAUAGAAGAUGUGCUCCUCGUAAAAUAUCCAUAUACUUCCUUGACCAACACCACGGACACAAUCAGGAUAGUCUCAGAAAAACUACUCGGCAUGGCAGACGCCAUCCGGGCUACCAAGACUAGGGAAUCAAAGGCUCCUUCUAGUACCAACUCUCUGACUCUUUUUCAACUACUGGAGGAUAGGAUUCUGUUCUUACGGGGAAAGGUUGAUGAGGUAAACAUGGAUUAUAGUUCUCACUCAGUUCACUCUCGGGUUAAGAGGGGGUUGCUCAACAUCGUUGGGUCCGCCUCAAAGUUCCUCUUCGGUACGGCAACCGACGGGGACGUUCGCGAUUUGCGGGACCACUACGCUCAUGUACUUUCCUUUGCUGCUCGAAAUCGCAGGGUGAUCAACGCCAAUUGUAGGAAACUUGCGCAAUUGCAUACUAACAUUGCGGUACUGCUAGAGCAGACAAAUAAGAUGGUAGAGGUUAUCAACAUAGUUGUCAAACAGAUCGACCAGGUGAAUCAGUUUCUCCUCCUAGAUCAGGCCUUGCAUGUAUUGGAAAACGUCAUUAACUCCGUCGCAACGGCAAAUCAGCAGGUUAUUAGCAACGUGGUUGACGCAGCGCACGGUAGAGUCACACCUGCCUUGUUCCCUCUACACGAUUUGAGAACGACUGUCCAGAUCGGGUAUCAAAAUUAUAGCCUGACGCCUUUAUUCACCCCGGACAUGAGUCAAUAUUUUUACCCCUUGAUUGAGUCCAGCCUCACCCCUGAUGCCAUAAUCAUUCAUGUUCCGUUUCAGACGGCGGACGUGUUUGAGGCACACGAAAUGGGCCCGUUCCCGUUUUCGGCAAAGGACAGUGUGUUGGCCCUGGACACGUCCCCGUCUCUUGUUCUAAUCGCGAAGGAUUUCGCUCUGUAUUCAACGGGUAGCUACUCACUCUUGCAGUAUUGCAAGGAGACGGUCUUCGGGCGAUUCUAUUGUUCUGCGUCUCUCUUUGCCUUCCUUCCAGUUCGGGGAGGGGUAUGCGAGAUCGCCCUCACCCGCGUGAACGCGUCUGACGCUCUUUCCCUGUGCCCUUACAAGCAGCUAACACCAACGCCUGUUUUCCAUACGAACUUUCAGGGUCUGCAUUAUUUUUAUUUCCCUCAGUCCUUCUAUGUAUCGGUCAUCUGCCCGGAGGGUACCACUUAUCAACGGGUUACUGGUCACUAUGCCAUAGCGGAAGCAUGCUAUAUCCGCUCCACUAACAUAACAACGUACCCGUCCCGGAUUCGUCUGGUUUUCACGGCCAAUAUUUCCCAUCGAGUGUUUCCUCUACGGUCUCUCGAUGACAUUCAUUUCUCCAGCAUCUCGUAUGUGACUAAUUCCCUUAAUUCAUUGUCUUUCGCGAACAAAACAGAGUUUGCGGAAACCCUGGAGGAAACGCUGCCUGAUUAUUUGCAUCUCCCCUACCUGUACCCUGGAUUUUUUGUACCAAUGUUUCUGAUGUUCGUCAGUCUCGUCGUCAUGUGCUACCUUAUUAGGAGAAACUCUGUCCUGCACGAUUAUUUGGUUGUGCAGACACGGCGACUGGAUGCAGGGAGGCCACUGGCAAGGUAGUUUUUCCUUUUCUCAGACAAGUCAGGGGACAGAAACCUGGCUGCUCCUAUACUUAACAUUGUACUGUGUUUCACUACUGUAUUUUUUUUUAGGAGCUAGAUCAACGUUUCAUUGUCUGUAACUAUGCCAGUUGAUAGUUUCUUAUACAUGUGUCCUUAUAUUUAUCUUUUGAGAGGUUUCUUAUGUUUCAUGUCACACACGUUGUGGUUUCCCUCUCCCUAUUUAUAUUAUAAUUCCACAUCUGUUCUUACAUAGCCAGUGUUUUAAUAUAAUUGUGUCAUAGGCAGUCUGCUUGACAAACUCCCACUAUGUAUGUUCAUGGUACCUAGACUGCUAUUUCGAUUUUUAUAUAUCGCGAGGUCGCGAUCACUGGUAGGUGACCGAGCAGUGUUAUAGUAGGAUAUCAAUGUAUUAUUAUUAUUUAAUAUCACCACGAAUUAGGCAUACAAUUGUCAAUGGAAAAACCCACGACAGAUAGAUCACGCCACCUUAUAGGAAUGUCGUCCGUCAGUGUUUACCGUCUCAGUUUUGUAUACUUAGCACUCCGAUGGUGCGUGGAGGUCACCUUGACAUACGUGACCAAUUGUAACAAUUAUUUUCCAACCUGUAACUCGCCGACUCCUUCACGAGAGUCCGACUGACACACAACGACAGUCGCUCUCGCUCCGUCGCUUCUUGUACAUAAAGGCUACGAAUAUAAUUCGCCUUAAGGAAGCUGAAGUCUUAAUCAACACCCUUUAAACGCCCCCCGACA